AUGCCGCUAUACCGAUAUUUGAUAUCCACAUACGGGUUUUGUUUGGCCAGUGUUCUUGGUAACAUUGUUUUCAGGUUUCAUCUAUCUCUUCCUAUUCACAUAAUAUUCAGAUCAUCCAGCACUGCCUUUACAAUGCUUCUCGGGUAUCUAAUUUACAGAAAGAAGUACAGCUUGGGUCAGAUACUUGGAUCUGUACUUAUGAGUCUUGGUGUAAUCACCGUUACAAUCUCAAAUAUGUCCGAUCGGUCCAGCCAACCAAACGAAGAACCUCAAGAAUUUCGCACUUAUGUUUCUGGCUUGGCAAUCCUUGUUGGUGUUACAAUGCUUACAAGCUUUCUUUCCCUCUACAACGAAAGUUCAAAUAGAAUAUACCGGGCUAAAGAGCGGUCUGGAAGUUGGUUGGAGAAUCUUUUCUACUCCCAUCUUUAUGCAAUUCCAUUUUUCCUCCUGAUGCCAGGAACACUGAAAAGAGAAUAUGAAUUAGUGGAAAGCCUCUCGGCAUCAAGCAACUUCAAGAAAUAUUGGGCUUUUCUUUUAGCCAAUGUCAUCACGCAAUUGCUCUGUGUAGCCGGCGUCAACAAAAUUGCCAUAUUGACCUCUGCCGUUACCCUUGGCGUAAUUCUUCUCCUAAGAAGAUUUCUAAGUCUAUUAUUUAGCAUGCUUUUGUUCCAUAACGAAAUGAGUCCAUUAGGAAUGCUUGGUACUAUAAUGGUUUUUGCUGGUGCUGGAGUAUAUAGCUAUUCGAUUGGAGCCGAAAAUGAUAAGAUGAAAAUGAAAGAAAAGAGAGAAUAA